GCAUGUUUAUCAUCACAAUGAAGUCCGCUCAAAAAUAUGGCUUAUUUGCGUAUAGCCUUUCCGUUAAUGUUAGCAAGCCAUGAAGUGCUACUGACUUUCCUAUAUAGUAGGGUCUACAUUAGUAAGUCCAUCUACUCCAGUAGGUGGCGGUGUGCACCGCUAAGGCAGUAACCCGCCAUUGAGUUUAGGAGGAAGAUAAAGAGCUGAACACAGAGGCUGAUAGAGCAAAUGCAUAGUAGUAGGGAAGAGGAGAGUUACAGGAAUUCGCGUGUUCCGUAUUUUUGUCUUUGUCUCUGUCUCAGUAACGAUCUAGCCAGCUCUAAAUGCACUACUGUCUUUUUGCUGCUAUAGGCUAUAACUUGCUGGCUGGGUAUUUGACAGUCGAAGAGCCAUCUAGCUAGUUAUCUAGAUUUACCCGAUGCAGUGUGUUGUCCAGCUCAGUAAUGUUACUUGGUUUCGCACGAGAAGAUGGAUGAAAAGUCCAACAAUAGUCGGCUUCUGUUGGCCCUGCUGAUUGCGCUUUUGUUUGGUAUAAUAGUGUUACAGUAUGCGUGCCCUGGCACCGAUUGCCAAUUGCAGUUGCGUCUGAGUUCGCUGUCUAAAUUGGGUGAAACUACAUCAGGGACUCGUAGUGGAAGCAGUAAAGGAGAGGUUAGUGGACGGGACCCGUACAUUUCAGAAGACGGCACUCUCGCCCGAUUCGUGCCCCGUUUUAAUUUCACCACAAAUGACCUGAGGCGCACAGUUGAUUUCGAUAUUAAGGGCGAUGAUGUGAUUGUCUUUCUACACAUCCAAAAGACCGGGGGUACCACAUUUGGUCGCCACCUAGUGCGCAAUAUUCAGCUGGAGAGGCCAUGUGAGUGUCGGGCUGGCCAGAAAAAGUGCACCUGUUACCGGCCAGGUAAGCGGGAGACCUGGUUGUUCUCGCGCUUUUCGACCGGUUGGAGCUGUGGGCUGCACGCGGACUGGACCGAACUCACCAGAUGCGUGCCGUCGCGCAUGGGCACAGCAGAGCAAAACAAGACGCAGAAGGUUCCCAGGACGUACCAUUACAUCAGCAUCCUGCGGGACCCGGUGUGGCGCUACCUGAGCGAGUGGCGGCACGUGCAGCGCGGGGCCACCUGGAAGGCCUCGCGGCACGUGUGCGACGGGCGCUCCCCGACGCCGGCGGAGCUGCCCGCCUGUUACCCGGGAGACGACUGGUCCGGCUGCUCGCUGGAUGCCUUCAUGGACUGCCCCCACAACCUGGCCAACAACCGGAUGACGCGCAUGCUGGCCGACCUCAGCCUGGUGGGCUGCUACAACCUGUCGGCCACCAGCGAGCGGGAGCGCGGCGCCGCCCUGCUGGAGAGCGCCAAGCGCAACCUGCGGGGCCUGGCCUUCUUCGGCCUGACCGAGUUCCAGCGCGGGACGCAGUACCUGUUCGAGCGCGCCUUCCGGCUCCGCUUCGUCCGGCCCUUCGCCCAGCUGGGCGGCACGCGGGCGGCCGGCGCGGGGGCGGGGCCCGAGGCGCGGCGGCGCAUCCUGGAGCUCAACCGCUGGGACGCGGAGCUGUACGAGUACGCCCGCGACCUCUUCCUGCAGCGCUACCGCCUCGCCCGCCAGCGGGAGCGCGGACGGGCACGCCGCCGCCGCCGCCGCCGGCACGAGAGCCGGAGGACGCGCGGCGGGGAGCAGCGGAGGGCGCGGCCGCAGAGACCCCCGAGGCCGGAGCCGCACCCCCCUCCUGCUCCGGUCCAGUGGGAGGAGGGGUGGGGAGAAGGGGAGGAGGGCCAAAGGCAGGGUCCUUUUCGGGACUACUUGGAGAAUGUGGAGCGUUGGCGGUAACCAGUGAGGCAUUGUGGGAGUGUUGGGGAGCACAAGGUGAAUGGGAUAAACUCAAGCUGAUCGGUUCGGUUCCUCAGCUUGAUUUGCCCCAUUUCACCAAGCACUUCCUCCAAUCUCCCCAAUACCUACUUUAGUGAUGUCACUGAGACUUUUAGGCCAGUUUUUAACACUGAUUAUUUAUUAGAAUAAUCGUUACUGUGACUUUACUACAGCUAGGAAUUUUUUACAUUUUUUAAAAUACUAAAUACAAAUAUGAAACUUUAUUAUCCACACAGUGGAAAUUUUCCUUUUGGUUUCACCAUAAAAAGACAGUAGAAACAUGGCAGAAUAAUGCUCAAUCUCUACAUAGGCUUGAUGAAUAUAAACACUGAAAUUGAGGAAUUUGAUUCUUCAUUUUGCUCAUUGUUACUUUUUGUACAUCUAGUUCUUACCUCAUUCACAUUCCUGAAAGUAGUUUUUCAGUCGCGUUAAAUGAUGAAAGCGCUUAAGUUGUGAUGGUCUGUGUGUUUUUUUUUCCCACUCUUGCAGUGACUGUUGUUUUAUGCGGUUGGGAGCUGAUGUCAGAUCAGCACAGCUUUUAUGAAACCCCUGACAUAUUGAAAUGCUAUCCAGUAUUCAGUCAUUUAAUUUUUGGAUUUGUGGGCCUGCAGCACUUACAAUGGUGUUGAUUUAGGCAGAAUAUAAAAGGCACUGGUGUAAUGAACUAAAAAUGAAAUGGAAAACCAAGUGCGUUUAUCCAGCUGAGGAACUUGCUUUAAGUGCAAUGGUGCACCCCAUAGCUGGGAUGCAUUCAGACUUUUCCAUUGCCAACUGUUGGUACGGGCACUGUGAAAUGGUGCGUGAUUGGCUGUAGCAUAGCUUCAUUGGCAGAGUAUCCCCUAAUCGCAAAAUAACACCGUUGCAGAAACUGCAGUUCAGCUGGUGAUUUGGCAACUGGUCACACUUUCUUCAGAGGACACCCAUUGCCUGUGGGCGCCCUCCCAAAUUGUUGGAGGACACUGCGGUGAUUGGAGACUCUGCUUUUGCCCCCUUUUUCUGGCCAAUUUAGAUACCCAGUCAUGCUCACGCGGAAACCCUCACCAAAACCUUCAUUGUAGAUUUGGGAGAUUGCAGAUAAGCACAUGCCCUCCUCUACAGUGAGUGAUGUUAGCCUCCACCUCUUAUAACACAGCUGCUGCUUGCUGUCUCACAGACAUAAGUCAGAGGAAGACCCUUCAUGUGCAGCUGACCUGAUUUUAAUUGUGAGUGCCCAAUUGACCAGUGGAGGUUGAUGGUGUGUGAUUAGAGGCAAUGCUAGACCCUUUUGUGCUUCUCUUCACCCUACAGAACUUCUGGCUAGUGUUGGCUCUAUCACAGUACUGAUUCAGUACAGACCGCACUCAAUUUUUUCAAUGCAUGAAAACAAAUAAACUGAAUAGAGGCAGCCAUGAAUAUGCAGACCUUAUUCACAGAUAGCCCAAGCACAAACCAAAAAGG